GAAGAGGCGGGAGUGGCGGUGGCAGCGGCUAUGAAGCCCCGGUGGCUCUGCCUCUGCCUGCUGGCGCUGGCGGCGUGGAGCGCCCGCCGGUCGGGCGCUUACUUCCCGGAGGAGCGCUGGGUGCCCGAGUCCCCGCUGCGGCCUCCCCGCGUCCUGCUGGCGCUGCUCGCCCGCAACGCGGCGCACUCGCUGCCGGCGGCGCUGGGCUGCCUGGAGAGGCUGCGACACCCCAAGGACCGCAUCGCGCUCUGGGUGGCAACAGAUCACAACAUGGACAACACAACUGCAGUGCUUCGGGAAUGGCUGAUGAACGUUCAGAGCAUGUAUCACUCAGUGGAGUGGCGGCCCAUGGAUCAACCCAGGUUCUAUCCAGAUGAGGAAGGCCCCAAGGACUGGUCCAGUUCACGCUAUGAACAUGUCAUGAAGCUCCGACAAGCAGCUUUGCAGUCUGCCCGAGACAUUUGGGCUGACUACAUCCUGUUUGUGGAUGCAGACAAUUUAUUGACAAACCCUGACACUCUGAGCCUUUUGAUAGCUGAGAACAAGACUGUGGUGGCACCAAUGCUGGACUCGCGAGCAGCCUAUUCGAACUUCUGGUGUGGGAUGACCUCACAGGGCUAUUAUAAGCGCACACCUGCUUACAUCCCCAUCCGGAAGCGGGAUCGCCGUGGUUGCUUCGCUGUACCCAUGGUGCACUCUACCUUUCUCAUCAACCUACAGAAAGAGGCCUCACAAAACCUUAUUUUCUACCCUCCCCACCCAGAUUAUACCUGGGCAUUUGAUGAUAUCAUCGUCUUUGCCUUUGCCUGCAGACAGGCAGAAGUUCAGAUGUACGUGUGCAAUAAAGAAGUAUAUGGCUUCCUCCCGGUGCCUCUGCGAUCCCACAGCACUCUGCGUGAUGAAGUGGAGAGUUUCAUGCAUGUGCAGUUGGAGGUCAUGGUUAAGAAUCCUCCAGUGGAACCUUCUCGGCAUUUGUCUCUGCUUCCCAAAAUCCCAGAUAAGAUGGGAUUUGAUGAGGUCUUCAUGAUUAACCUCAAGCGUCGGACAGAUCGACGAGAACGGAUGCUGCAAACCCUCUAUGAGCAGGAGAUUGACUGCAAAAUUGUUGAAGCCGUAGAUGGGAAGGCAAUGAAUAACAGCCAAGUGGAAGCCAUGGGCAUCAAGAUGUUGCCAGGUUACAAGGACCCAUACCAUGGACGUCCCCUCACAAAGGGAGAAUUAGGUUGCUUCCUCAGCCACUAUAAGAUUUGGAAAGAGGUUGUUGAGAGAGGCUUGGAGAAGUCCGUGGUGUUUGAGGAUGACCUGCGCUUUGAGAUCUUCUUCAAACGGCGCAUGAUGAACCUCAUGUUUGACUUAGAAGAAGAGGGCCUUGACUGGGAUUUAAUCUACAUUGGCCGGAAGCGCAUGCAGGUGGAGCAUCCAGAGAAAGCUGUGCCCCACAUCCGCAAUCUGGUGGAAGCUGACUACUCCUACUGGACGCUGGGCUAUGUCAUCUCCCUCCAAGGGGCCAAGAAACUGCUGGAUGCUGACCCCCUCUCCAAAAUGUUGCCAGUGGAUGAGUUUCUUCCAGUCAUGUUUGACAAACACCCCGUUACUGAAUACAUGGAACAUUUUGACAACCGGAAUUUGCUGGCCUUCUCAGCGGAGCCCCUGCUGGUUUAUCCAACACACUACACAGGGGACAAUGGCUACAUCAGCGAUACAGAGACCUCGGUGGUGUGGAACAAUGAGAAUAUCAAAACAGAUUGGGACCGGGCCAAGUCCCAGAAAAUGAAGGAGCAGCAGGAGUUGAGGAAUGAGGCCAGGAACUCAGAUGUGCUCCAGUCCUCAUUUGACAGGGCAGCCCGGGAUGAGCUAUGACCCUGCAUGGAUGCUGAUGAAGGGGACCAGGGGAGAGACAAUGCAAGGGAAGGCUUUUCUCUUCUUCUCAGGGUUUAUGGGUUGAUUCUCUCAGAUGUCAACAAUGGGGGGUAUCACACCUCCUGAUUGUGCCUAUGGGAAGCCUCAGUCCCCUGCAGCCUGGGGAGCCUGAUAUGGAAAUGGUGGCAUCUGCUUAGUUCUACUGUCUCCUGCUCUCCUAUUCAAUGUAUGAAUGUGGGGCAGGUGCAGCCUUGCAAUUCUCACUUGAGAAGUUUUAUUCUCUAAUAAUUGGCCUUUUACAGGGACCCUCUAUGUUUUGGGGGGGGGAUGUUUAAGAGAUGCAGCACAGAUUAGCAUGUUUUGAUGCCAUUAUGCUCUAUAUCAGACAAAACCAUUUCUCUUGGUUUAAGACGGUAACGAUAUUUGGGUUAAUUUUAUGUAAAUGUUCUUCCAUAUGUCUUUCUGGAAGAAUCUUGACUUUUUCUCUCCUGGUACCUUGGUAGUAUUGAAGUCUUGUGUGGGCUACCAAAAGUUAGGCCUUAUAGGCCAAUCACAAUAUGUUUUAUUAAUUACUGGGGGGGUGGGGGUGGAGAAAAUGUUACUGUAC